AUGCUAAAAUUACAUGGAGAGAUGCGAACAGAUAAAGUAGUUGACAUUAAUUCUUUUCGUGAAGAAUUUAAAGAAAUUUCUAAAUCGUAUAAGCCUGAUCUAAUUUAUAAUUUGGAUGAAACUGCAUUAUACUACAAGCUUAUUCCAUCGAAAAGCGUAUGCAGAAACCGAUUCCAAGGAUACAAAAAUUUUAAAGACCGUGUGUCUAUUAUGCUUUGUUCAAACAUGACCGGAAGUCAUAAAUUGAAACCUGUGAUGAUUGGAAAACCAAAAAUGCCUAGAUGUUUUAAAAAUUUUGACUAUGGAUGUCUUGUCUCAUAUUAUAGCUCACAGAAAGCUUGGAUGACUGGAUCUAUUUUUAUUGAUUGGAUUAUUAGCUUUGAUCUCCAGCUUAAAAUUAAAAAGAAGAAAAUUUUAUUGCUAAUAGACCACUGUCCUGCACAUUCUAUUCCUCAAAACUUGGAUUGUAUUAAGAUUUUAUUUUUUCCUAAAAAUUCUACUGGAUUACUACAACCAAUGGAUAUUGGAAUUAUAAAAACCUUCAAGACUCAUUUCAUGAGAAGAAAGCUACAGUACUUAACUGAUUUGCUGGAGACUGAAAAUAUUUCUAUUUUAAAUGAAUCUAAUCACGAAAAUACAUUAAUUGAACAUUAUGAGACUGAAAUUGAAAGAACUGACAUUUUCGAUCCUCUAAUGAGCGAAGAUUUUCUAAAUAUCGAAAACACAGAAGAUCAAGAUAUAAACGAAAAUUGUUUACAAGAGGAUCAAGAGUCUGAAAUUAGCGACGAAGAGACAAAAAUCAUAUAUCCACUCGAUAGAAAAGAUAUUGCAAAGACAUUAACUAGAAUAGAAAGGCAACUUUACUGUAAUGCAGAAAAUGAGAAUGAUGUUUCGCUGAUUACUGCAAUAAGAAAAUACAAAGAAAAUAACUCGUUUGUGGAAGCUUAA